AUGCAUGAAAAUGAAUUAUUUGGUGAUGCUAAAUGUACUAAUAAUGAGUUUAAAACAAAAGGAGGCAUUAUUAGCAGUUAUAACUAUCCACCAAAUACAAAAUCAAAUACUCAAUCAACAACUUCAUUAAUUUCACGUUUAUGUAGUGCAGAGCCAUUUAUUGGAAAAAAUUCACCAAACAGCGAACGUUUUUCAAUUCGAAAAAAGUUGUCAGAAACACUAUUUUCUCUUAAAAGGCCCCCUACCCACACACUCUCCUCGAGUUUAAUUGAAUUGGCGCCUUCUUCUUCAAUUUUACAGAAUGCCACAAAUUCAAUUUUAGACAAAUUUUCAGCCAAAAAAUUGCUUCAAAAUAAAUGUUCAAGUAAUGAAUCGCUUAAUAAGUGGGUAUUUUCUGAUAUUUUUAAAUAUUUAAAUUCUCUUUUUGUGUUUAGUCCUUCUCUCUCUUUUUUUGUUAAAUUUGAUUUUUAA